UUGAUGUCUCGAAGUCAAAUGUCUGACCGAUUUGUACGGUGUCUCAGUGAAACUAUAUGAAUGUUGUGAUGUCUGGUGUGCCCAUUGAAACUAUUGUGCACAAGUUUAUUUGAUAGAAAUGUGAUAGAGCUGGAAGGCAACAUUCUGAGAUCUGCUUUAGUAUUUGUGGCGGCUUCACUGGUGACGUAGGGUCUCCAUUGUAUCUGUGUCCGAGCUACGACCUUGCAAGGCAAAAACAUGAUAGAAGUUAAGAUCAACGAGGUACGGAGACUUCAAACCGAUAUGGUGUUUAAAAUACUCUGAAGAUUUCUGUCAGAUAAAUAAGUCAAGGGUUUUAAUAAUUCACUACUUACACGAUGUCGGCUAGUCAACUGCUGGACUCUUGUGUCUUGGUUAAUAGAAGAGUGGAACAAAGGCAAGAGCAUACCAUCACUCACACUGAAAUAACCCAAAGGCGAGUAUUACACGAGAAGGUUCCAGAAAUGCAGCAGUAUAAGGGUCCCGAUGUGUCGAGCUCAUUGAACGAAGGUAUUUACCACACGCACAGCAAUGGACACUCUGAGCAUUCGCCAAAUUCAAGUCACAUGUCUGUACAUAGUGAUGAGCCUUUAGUACGAAACCAGAAGCAGCAGACGAGCCAGCAGGUCACCAGUGUGACGAAGGUAGUCAGAGAGGUGCAACAGUUGGGUGAACAGUCGGGCGAGUACAUUCCGGUGCUGUAUCCACACCCGUCACAAUACGUCGACUACAUAGAACAACCAUCGCAACACAUGUAUUCACAGUACCAUCAGCAUCCACAUUAUCAAGACUAUGACCAUUACCCCCCUAAUCCGUACGGGGCUUACAUGGCAUAUGGACCGGGGGCGGAAAGGGCCACCACGUCCCCCAGUCCCAGUGAACACAGCGGUGAUCCCUCGCCUUUGCCCCUAGCGGCGCAGCCUAACGCCCAGUAUCUCACCAGUGGAUACGACGAACUACCAGAACAUUACAGGGUAACACCAUCACCAGCAGGUCCAAUAGGCUUAGAUCCCUACCAAGAUGAUCCGGGAGUUGUGUAUGGAUACGUGUCACCAUCACCAUAUGGUACAGCUCCAGCCCAUCCCAUCCAAGGUUCAACAUACGAUACACGUCCUUACGAAGACAGUUUAAACGGUCCUGUCCCCGUACCAGUACCCGUAGGACCGACGAUGCGCAUGUUCGAAGAUGAGGAGCUUUCGAAGCACAUCAACAAAAUGUCAUUGCAUGGCCACAACACGCACCCCAGAUCACAUAACAUCUCUUCGCCGGGCAGCAUUGGGGGUGAUGACGAACAAAGGGGGAUGCGCUGGCGCGAUCCCAAUUUGACUGAAGUGAUUGGCUUUCUCAAUAACCCCAACAAUGUGAUCAAAGCUAAUGCUGCCGCCUAUUUGCAGCAUUUGUGUUACAUGGAUGACCCCAACAAACAAAAGACUAGGGCAUUGGGAGGCAUUCCUCCUCUUGUGAAAUUAUUAAGCCACGACAGCAUAGAAGUAUACAGGAACGCGUGCGGUGCCCUAAGAAACCUUUCUUACGGCCGACAAAACGACGAGAACAAACGGGCAAUUAAAAAUGCCGGAGGCAUACCCGCGCUUAUUACUCUAUUGCGCAGGUCAAACGAGCCCGAAAUUAAGGAGUUAGUCACCGGCGUCAUUUGGAACAUGUCGUCGUGCGAAGACUUGAAGAAAAACAUCAUCGAUGAUGGCGUUCUUACGAUUGUAACCUACAUAAUAAUUCCGCAUUCGGGGUGGGAUCCUCAGGGCAAUCACGGUGAGACUUGUUGGUCGACUGUUUUCCGAAAUGCUUCCGGAGUCCUCAGGAACGUCAGUUCGGCCGGUGAAUAUGCACGAGCCAAAUUGAGGGAAUGCGAGGGAUUGGUGGACGCAUUGUUGUUUGUUGUACGUUGUGCCAUAGAGAAGUCAAAUAUAGGAAAUAAAAUCGUCGAGAAUUGCGUCUGCAUACUCAGAAACCUUUCGUACAGAUGCCAGGAGGUCGACGAUCCGAACUACGAUAAGAAUCCUUUGCCCACCCAAAGCAGAGUUGCGGCCGCCAACUCGUCAAAAGGUGAGAAUUUGGGAUGCUUUGGUGGAAGUAAAAAGAAAAAGGAAUCGCAGUCCACAAAUUCGGAUAAAGACGGCCAAUUCGGUGGAUCAGUCUCUAAUUCGGGAGGUGUUGGAAGUUCCGCAUCACGGGGAGAGCCUGUGCGAGGCAUGGAACUGUUGUGGCAACCAGAUGUUGUCCAGUCUUACCUGGCCCUUCUGCAAAGUUGUUCGAACCCUGAAACGCUGGAAGCGGCGGCGGGAGCCCUUCAAAACUUGGCAGCUUGCUAUUGGCAGCCCAGUAUAGAAAUACGAGCAGCCGUACGUAAAGAGAAGGGUCUGCCAAUAUUGGUGGAGCUCCUUCGUAUGGAGGUAGAUAGAGUAGUGUGUGCUGUAGCGACUGCCCUUAGAAACUUAGCCAUAGAUCAAAGAAAUAAGGAGUUAAUAGGAAAAUAUGCUAUGCGAGAUCUUGUCCAAAAAUUACCUUCGGGUAAUCCGCAACACGAUCAAGGCACAUCGGAUGAUACGAUUGCGGCAGUGCUGGCUACGCUUAACGAAGUAAUUAAGAAAAACGCCGAAUUUUCUCGGUCCCUUUUAGAAGCCGGCGGUGUGGAAAGACUGAUGACUAUUACGCGGCAACGACAGAAAUACACCCCGCGUGUACUCAAAUUCGCUGGCCAAGUGUUAUUCACAAUGUGGCAACACCAAGAGCUCAGGGAUGUCUAUAAGAAACACGGAUGGAAGGAGCAAGAUUUCGUAACGAAGACUGUGGCCGCCCGCAACGCUGGACCUAAUUCGCCUAACAACGCAAAUAGUACCUUAAAUAGACCGAUGGCUUCCCAAAGUGGCACAAGAUACGAGGAUAGAACCAUGAAACGCAACGCUCCUCCUCAAAGAGGUGCCGGCGUUCCUUCUUUGUAUCAAAGGAAUGAUGAAAUUCCUAUGGCGGAUAUGACGUAUCCAGACUCUUCAUCAUCUUUGGGACGUGCAUACCCGCCUGGUCCUGGCCCAAACCCUCCACCACAUCAGCCUCAGGUGCAGCCACAACCUGAACCAUUGUACGCCCAAGUCAACAUGGAAAAGAAGCGUAACCGUCAACCGAGCCUAGGGAACGCAAGCCUAAAUCAACAGGGCCCCACAACACAACCACAACAGCUACCGCUCACUAGUUUGCCCGCUGGAAAAGACUCAUGGGUUUAAAAAUUAAUAAUAAAUGAAUAAACCCCGAAAGUACACUGACUUGCAAGUUUCUCAAUGAUUUUUUAAUUGCAUAUUGUUUGUUAUGGCGUAGCACCCGACUAGGCAUUUUAGUAUACAUAGUUUGUUUUUGAUAAAAUUCCUAUGUAUAAUAUAAAACUGACAUUGUUACACUAUAUAGUUAUCAGACAUUUUAGUUUUUAAUCAAUUGCUGCACUGAUUCAAAUUUGAAAUUGACUUGACAAGGGUCACUUUUAGGACGGGCACAUCAAUUUUAGGAUGUAGUCUAGUACCGAAAAUUAAGACUCAUUGAUUUAUUUGCAUGACAGUUCAUACCAUUCCGCAACCCCAUCUCUACCAUUGUCUUAAGGACUAUGUCUCAAUUUUUAAUCUGUUGAUUCAGUUUUAAUUGCUCUUUAAUUAUGUGCAAUAUAAAUUAGAGAAAUAUUUAUAAUUAUUAUAAAAAAUAAAAGUGACUUCUGCAUUUAAAUGGUUAUAAGCUUAAGGCAUGCAUGAUUUCACUUAUUAUAAAUUGUUAAUGAAUUUGAUGUGACUUAAAUCAAAUUUUAUCUGUUCAGUGAUUCCAAAUUCUAUAUGAACGCGUAUAUGUGGGAGUGAUUUCUACAUUAUACACUUUUUAAAAAGUAUUAUUAGAUAUUUGAAUGGGUAUGGGACUGUACGAUAAUAUUUUGAAUUUGCGGGUUAAAUGUUGAGACUCGUAUAUUGACAUUAAAAUAGUUCUAGCCCCACAUUUUCUUAGGGUGAAUUGUUUUUUAAUAAAUUGAAUUACACGUAUCCGACACUGUUAAAUCUGACACUAAUCUAGUCAUCGGGCCUUCGCAACAAUUAGAUUGAUCAACCUAAUCUUGGACCAUCAUUCACUUCGGUUUAUUAUUUUUGGAGGAUGAAAAAGUGGGGCUAAAACAGAUUCUCUUGUCACCUUGUAUAUGUCCUACUCCUAUAGUUAUAUAUCAAUGUUCUGUCAAAUAUAUAAUGCACUGAUUCUCCAUUCAUUAAUUCAUAAUAAUUAUGUAAUAUUUUAGUUAUUGGAUACUGUGAUGUGCUUCAGAAUUUGCCUGUACAUAUUCAUUUAAAAUUUACUCUAUUAUUUCUAUUAGAAUUAUAAAUAGAUUAUUCAUGUAAUACCAAGGAAUUUCAUGUUUACACAACACAGAUUUAAUAUUUUAGUUCCCAUCGAAACAUUCAUCAAUUUUUUCGGUAUCGAAUUAACUCGUACCCAUUAAUUUUUAUCCAAAAACCAUGACCUAGUUGUUAAAUUUUCAUUACGCGUUGUUAGGAAUCACUAGUUCUUAUUAAAUGUAAUGAAAGUAACAUUUACUUUGCACAUUGCAUCCGUUCCUCGUGAUAUGGAGUGGUUUGUACAGCAUUUACGAAACAAAACGUGUACAAAAUUUCUAAAUUUCAGAUAUAUUUGACAAUUUAGUUUAAGUAGAUAUGUAUGUGUGUGUGGUAUUCUGAUCUCUUGUACGAGUAUUUAAAAUAUGGUAAAUUAAUUUAUUUUUCCGUAUACAUUCCAAUGAUGUGACAAGUUUUUCGACAUUUAUUUUGUAAAAAUCUGUGGUGUGAAAAGUAGAAAUUGUUGGACUGCCUAAUGGCAAUUGUUUUUGUUUUAUAUUGAGAAUAUUUAAUUUGUUUUCUAUUAUUUUUACAUAAUCUAGCAUAAAUUGUACACCAUUUACACACUGACAUAUUCAAACAUUACAAACUUAUACUUACAAAAGUUAAUAUUGUAUACAUAGGUAGAUUAAGAUAAAUAUUUGCUGUUAUUGGAUAAAAAAUUAGGACAGGGUGUUGAUAAAUGUUUCUUGAAUAGUGUGAAUUUUUGGUAAAUUGUAUUAUAUAGUAAAUGAAAUCAAGAAACAUAUUUAUUACAUGACAACUUUAAAAGAGGACAUCACCCUGCUUUUUGUUUUGUCUUUUUUACUUGACACUGUUACAGUAAUAUUUUAUAUUAAUUUAAAUGAAAAGCUAUAAGUCUGAUAUAAGUUUUUGAUGUAUCAAUGUGUCCUAUUAUACCUAUACCUAUAUAUUACAAAGAUGGCUUUUUAUAUGUUUAUAAAGAUUAUUUAAAUACUCAAAUCUUUAUUAAAUUUAAAGUAAAUCCAAUUAUUAGAACCAUUUCAAAUAUACCAUAGUCAAUUUAAUAUUGUUUAUAAUAAACUUAAUAUAAUUUAUUGUUGUUUCAAUUAUAAAUAUAAAAACAACUUUUAUCACAAUUUGUGCUUGCAAACCACUCACUAUAAAUAUUCAUGCGUUUUAUAAAAUCCAUAUUGUGCUGCAAAGAGUGAUAAAAGUUGUGCAGAUAUGUCAGGCAGUGAAAAGGAUCAAGCACAUGUAAAGGGAAAUUCUAUAAGGUUUGUAUAUAUUGUUUUAUUUAAUAAAGUAAUCAUAUAUAAAGUUUUA